GGGCACUUCCUUCCGGGCCGCGCGGUGCCUGUCGGGAAGCAUGGAUUCGCACGAGCUCUUCCGAAAGCUCGGAGCCGGCGCCAAGUUCGACGUGAAGCGCUUCAGGGGAGACGCGGAGCGAUUCAAGGUGAUCAGAACUAAGGAUAAAGAAGCCGGAGCAUCGGAGAUUCUGGGAGAGCUUGACUUCUUUGCUAACCAAAGCAAAAAACAACCCAGUCCUUCCGAGGAUGGCGGAGGAGGAAAUUGUCUUCGUGAACCCCAAGUUGAAGCAUUGAAAUCACAACCUGAAAAUAAAGGAAAUGAACCCAGAUUGGUGGGCAAGGCGAGAGCUGCAGAGAAGAGAAAAGGAGAUGGGCAAAGCAUGCAAGGGAGGGGCAAAAAGAAAAAGGCUCAAGAGGCAGCCCCCAUAAAUCUUGGUACUGAAAAUGAGGGGAUAAUGUGGAUGUCCACUUUGGAAGCAAAGCUCAGCGCUCCAAAGAGCAAGGGGGAGAAGGAGCCCCCUGCAGCAAAAUUGGAACAAGCUAGACAAGAAAAGGUAAAUCACUUCAGAAAUAAGCACAAGAUCUACAUUCAGGGAACAGAUCUUCCGGAACCUAUUGCUACCUUUGAGCAACUUGCAAAGGAAUACAGCGUCCACCCAAAGAUCAUGCAGAACAUUGAAGCUGCAGGGUUCCAGACUCCCACACCGAUUCAGAUGCAAGCUAUUCCUGUCAUGCUCCAUGGUCGUGAACUUCUGGCCUGUGCCCCCACCGGUUCAGGGAAAACAUUGGCUUUUGGCGUUCCUGUUUUAGCACACCUGAAACAACCUAUGAAUAAAGGUUUCAGAGCACUGAUAAUAUCCCCUACGCGGGAGCUUGCCAAUCAGACACAUCGAGAGCUGCUUAAACUGUCAGAAGGUAUUGGCUUCAGAAUACACAUGAUCCAUAAAGCUGCUGAGGCUGCGAAAAAGUUUGGGCCAAAGUCAUCUCAGAAAUUUGAUAUUCUGGUGACUACUCCAAACAGACUUGUCUAUCUUCUGAAACAAGACCCUCCAGCAAUAGAUUUGACCAGGGUUGAGUGGCUGGUGGUGGACGAGUCGGACAAGUUAUUUGAAGAUGGGAAGACGGGCUUCCGAGAACAGCUCGCCACCAUCUUCCUGGCGUGCACCUCCCACAUUGUCAAGAGAGCCAUGUUCAGCGCAACGUUCGCCCAUGACGUAGAGCAGUGGUGCAAACUCAACCUAGACAACAUAGUGUCUGUCUCUGUUGGAGCAAGGAAUGCUGCAGCUGAGACAGUGGAUCAGGAGCUCUUGUUCGUUGGAUCGGAGACGGGAAAACUGCUAGCGAUGAGGGGCCUUGUGAAAAAGGGCUUCACACCACCUGUCUUGGUAUUUGUCCAGUCCAUUGAGCGGGCAAAAGAGCUUUUCCACGAGCUCAUUUAUGAAGGCAUCAACGUGGAUGUCAUUCACGCAGAGAGGACCCAACAGCAGAGAGAUAGUGUCGUCCACAGUUUCAGAGCGGGGAAGAUUUGGGUCCUUAUCUGUACUGCUCUGUUGGCAAGAGGCAUCGACUUCAAAGGAGUGAACAUGGUUAUUAAUUUUGACUUCCCGAGUAGCGCUGUGGAAUACAUCCACCGGAUCGGCCGCACAGGAAGAGCAGGGCACACUGGAAAAGCAAUCACCUUCUUCACUGAAGAUGACAAGCCGUUAUUGCGAAGUAUCGCCAGUGUCAUUCAGCGAGCUGGCUGUCCUGUGCCAGACUACAUAAAACAUUUUCGCAAGCUUCAAAGCAAGCAAAAGAAGAAGUUGAUUAAGAAGCCUUUGGAAAGGGAACACAUUCUUACAUCUCCCCAGUUCUUACGCCGGAAAGCCAAGAGAAAAAAAAGAGAAUUGCUCAGAAAGGAGUGAAGAAAGAUUCCAAGGAAGCCAAAACCGAGAAUUCUCAGGCACAGACUGUUCCAGAAAACUGAUGCAGCGCUUUGAAGGAUUGCUCAAAAUAAGCAAGGAUGCUAUGUUAUUUGUAGGAAUCUUGGAAGCCACACGGACCACUGAUGGAACAAAGAGCUUCUUUUAUAUUGGGGUGCAUUUUGCCUCUCUCUGUUACGUUUUUUGGCAGAUUUUCUAAGCAAGCCCUUUCCUGCCAUUGUUGUGCGGGCGGG